AUGCAUGUGUUUGCUGCCGUUUGUGUCAUGAUGAGCAUUUUGGAAGAAGUGGAUAGUUUCUGUCCUUCUCAAUGCAACUGCAUUUACCAUGGCAUGAGUGAUGGAACCAGAACAAGGUCUGUCUUAUGUAAUGAUCCUGAUAUGUUUGAAAUCCCUACCAAUAUUCCUGUGGACACUCUAAAACUCCGGAUAGAAAAAACAGUCAUAAGGAAAAUUCCAGCAGAUGCUUUUUACUACCUGGUGGACCUCAAAUAUCUGUGGCUUACUUACAAUUCUAUCACAAACAUUGAUUCCAGCAGCUUUUAUAAUUUAAAGCAGCUACAUGAAUUGCGUCUGGAUGGGAACUUCUUGUUGCGUUUCCCUUGGGAGUCUUUGGCUGAGAUGCCCAAUCUACGAACUCUUGAUUUACACAAUAACAAAAUGACCAGUAUUCCAGUUGAGGCUGGCAGAUACUUGAGAAAUCUCACUUACUUAGAUAUUUCUAGCAACAAAUUGACCUCCUUGCCAUCAGACCUUAUGGAUAUCUGGCUUCCUUUUUCUGAAACAGCAACAUCCAGAAAUACAGACUUCCUGAUGCACAGGGUCAUAUUAGGUCUGCAGGACAAUCCAUGGUAUUGUGAUUGUCGUAUUUCCAAGCUGAUUGAAUUUUCCAAAAUUGGGGAUACUGCUAUUAUACUUCUGGACCCUUUUGUGGCUUGCAGUGGACCUGAAAGCUUGGCUGGGAUCUUGUUUCGAAGAGCAGAAUUGGAACAGUGUUUGAAACCAUCAGUAAUGACUUCAGCUACAAAGAUUACCUCACCUCUAGGAAGCAAUGUUCUUUUACGCUGUGAUGCAACUGGCUAUCCCACACCACAGCUUACCUGGGUUAGAUCAGACAACAUACCAGUGAACUAUACAGUUAUUCAAGAAAGUCCAGGACAAGGUGUAAGAUGGUCCAUCAUUAGUCUGACAGGCAUUUCCUACAAAGAUGCAGGAGACUACAGAUGUAAGGCCAAAAAUUUGGCUGGAAUGUCAGAAGCUUCUGUUACUGUCACUGUUGUUGGUGUUGUUACCACGACAGUACCGCCCCCAAAGUAUGGGAAAAAGACAGGAACAGACCAAGCAAAUACUGCCCAAGAAGAUGUGAAACCAGAAUUUUUAAAUGUGACUUUUUCUUCUACAAUGACAUCUACAACCACCUUUCCUUCUACAACUGUGGCCACCACUGAAAGAUUUACAACCAAAAGAGGAACAGACAGAAAACAACCCAAGUCCACACCUGAUGACAGAAAGAAUGCAAACACAAUUGCCAAUGGAAGUGAAAAACAGUUGGGUGCAUCACUCAGUGCAGGGCCCGCAGCUGAACAAAAUGUUACUCUAAAAAGCCUAAGAGUAAUUCCUGAAACCAGUGAAAGAGUGACCUUAAUGUGGAAAGGUAUUGAUGUUUCUAAUAGCUCUGUUAUGACUGUGUUGUAUUCCAAGUAUGGGGAGAAAGAUAUGUUGUCCCUAAAUCCAGAUCCCACAAAAAACAAAGUGACAAUUGAUGGUUUGGAGCCCAGCACAAAGUAUAUGGCCUGUGUCUGCCCCAAAGAGAUUCCUCCCACCAAAGAUCAAUGCAUCAUUUUCUUCACUGAUGGAAUUCGUAUGGAAGACAAAUCUCCUAUUUCCAUUUUGCUAGUGGCUAGUGGGGUAGGCUGCACAGCAGCAAUACCGCUCAUUUUUUUCUUACUAUAUAAAGUUGUGAGGCUUCAUAGGAAACCAAAAUCAACCAAGGAAGAUGAACUUGCAAAAGAAACUUAUAUCAAAUUUGAAACUCUUUCUCUUAGACCACAUUCAGUGGGGGCAAAUGGGGAGGUCUGGUCUUAUCGGAACACUGAGGAGUCUGAAAGACUACUACUUUGUUCCAGGUCAAGCAUGGAUUCGCAGAUGACCUUCAAAAGUGAAGGUUCCAGGUCAGAGUACUUCUGCUGA